AUGAAGUUGCUGGUAGUGGUGUUGGUUGUUCUGCACUAUUCCAUUUUGUGCUUCCAGCUUGGCAGCUGCCAAAAGGAGUCAAAGCCAGCAGCAGAUAAGAAGCUAAACAGUAAGGUGAAGAUUGAUAAAGGAAUUGAGAAGAAAACCAAAAGCACUCCUGUUAAAAUAAAAAACAAACCCAAACCCAGGCCACAGAGCCCUACACCGACUCAGUCGUAUCUAAUACAUGUAGUGGGGAAAGGGAAAUUCCAAAAGGUGGGGAAGAUACUGUCCAUCCCUGCUGGGAACUCUUUGGAGCUGAGGUGUAAAGGGGAUCGUGUCCAGUGGGUUGUCCCCUCUUAUUUGCAGGAAGAUGAUGAGGGACGACUAAGGACAGUCCAGCAUGAGAAAUAUGGCACACUGAUUUUAGCCAAUGCAACAGGAGCAGAUACCGGAGAGUACACCUGCUUCCCCUUGUACUGUGAGGAUACAAACUGCAGGAAAGAAUAUGAUAAAUCACUCAAGGUCUUCAUUUUCUUCCCUGAUCCUCAGGAGCUCUUUGUGCCAUCAUCUGACUAUUAUGAAGUCAUCCAGCUCAGAUCCAACUGGCCCACGCUGCUGCCCUGCCAGGUUACAAACCCGCUGGCUAAAGUCACCCUGCACAGAGAGUUCCCACCCGUAGAGAUCAAGGUGGAUGUGUCGGAAAUUUCCUAUGAGGUGACGCGUGGGUUCACCAUCCACAGACCCAAAGCACACCAUGGUGGUUCUCUGUACUGUGUGGCCACCCUGGGUAACCUGCGGCAGAGCUCCACUAAAUAUAUGCUCAUCUAUGUUAACUACCCCGCUGCUCCUCCUGCCCCUGUCAUCCAAGCCUCAUCUUCCUCUGUGAUUAUUGGUGCAAACCUGCAGCUUUCCUGUACAGUGGUGGGAGAACAGGAGGUGGCAGUAGAAUUCAGCUGGGAAUACCCCGGACAAAAGCUUGACCGGCCGCUCUACACUCAGGAGGAUGUGCAGACAGUGCAGGUGGACGGGCGCAGUCGGCAGCGCUCCCAGUCGCUCCUGCUGGUGGAUGAAGUAAGAGAAGUUGAUGAAGGCACCUACACCUGCACCGCCCAGAACCUUCAGGGUUCCCGUUCUGUCUCCACCACCGUCAAAGUGCAAAAGAAUCGCACCACCACCAAACCAAGAAGAACCUGA